AUGAUCAACAUUUGGCGCUGUGCAGAAGGAAGAAAUAAGGAACAAGAGCAGGAAGUCAUCCAAUGGAUUGCCGAUGUCCUGGGUGAGAAAUUACCUGACCAGCAAUACGAGGACAUCUUAAAGGAUGGUGUGGCAGCGAUAAAAAAAUACGGUGUACCGGAAGAAGAGAUUUUCCAAACAGCGGAUCUUUUUGAAAAACGAAACAUACCUCAAGUUACACUUUGUCUGUAUGCUCUUGGGAGAAUAACCCAGAAGCAUCCGGAAUAUACUGGACCCAGACUCGGUCCCAAAAUGGCUGAUGAGCACAAACGAGAAUUCUCUGAAGAACAACUGAGAGCAAGUGAAGCCCACUUAAGUCUUCAGAUGGGUUACAAUAAGGGUGCAUCCCAGUCCGGCCAUGGUGGUUUUGGAAACACCAGGCAUAUGUAAUCAAAACAUAAUUGUAACUGACUAUUUUUAUAUUUUAUUAAUGCCAAUUAUGAUUACUCCAUAUUCUUAGCUUCCAAACUUAGUCCUCUGCUUUACUUCGUAAAAUAUUUAUUUAUUUAUUUUUUGAAUUCUGAAAUGUGCAUUUAAAAUUGUCAUACAUACAUUAGAAAAGUAAAAUGCUAGUAAAAAAGAGUUUACAAAAAAAUUAUUGACAUCAUCAUUUGUUGUUACCAUUAACUGACUACACUUCAAAUAAAAUAUUCAUUAAAAAAUUAUUUCAGUUAGAAGCCGAUAAAUAAUAAUAAAAAAAAAAAACAAACCAUACAUGAAGGGAUAAAAUAAAAGUAGUAUAAAUAAAAAAAUUAUAAAUAAUGAGAUAUGUUAAGUUUUAUAAAAAUAAAGAAUCACUAAGUACAUAAUAAAAUUGACAGAGUUUUCUAGAACAACUCUAAAUCUAAUUUUUUAAAUUUAUUAACAGCAACAGUAUAUAAGAAAUAUGUUUACAUUAAUAUAUUGUUAAAACUGGAAUAAUGUCAAAUUCAUUUUAACCAGCUCGUUAAUGUUGGCAUUUAAAAAAAAAGAUACAAAAUACAAGUUAUAAUACAAAAAAAAAAUUAUUUGUGUUAAUAUUUGAUAAACCUGUAGUUUUUCUCCGAAUACUGUUGAUGAUAUAUAAAAUCUUUUUUAGGAAAACUCAGCAUUUUUUAAAAUUUACUCAAAUAUUUCCAAUGGACUACUUUAAAUCCUCAUUUCAGAUCUAUAAGCUUGAAAACUAUAAAAAUGUUUACUUAGCAUAAAAAUAUGCUUUUUAGAUUAAGUUUACAAUGGUUAAAGUAAGAUCAUUAACUCAUGUUAGAGUGGAGUUUAAUUUUAUGGUAAUGUUUUCAUUAAAUGAUAUAACAUACAAUUCUAGUUAUAUUUUGGCAUUAUUAAAACCCAAAACUACUUAUGAUUCCAAUACAAUAACACACAAAAACAUGCAAAUACAUCAAUCAAUACUUGUUUACAAAAAUACACUAUCAUGAAACAUUAUUACCAAAAUACACAAAAACAUUAAAAAUGUUUAAUAUAUUUUAUUUAAGUUACUGUUAGUUUUAUGAUUAAAAAAUUUAUAUAUUGCGUAUUGCAUUUAUGAUUUGUAUAUUUGUGUUUGCUAACUUGCUAUUUGAUGUUUGUGAUCAGAUUUAUAUGAAAAUUUAAAUACUGCUAAUGAAUUCAUUCAGCUUGAUAAUAGUAAAAGUAUUUUGAAGUAAUGUUCUAUUUUUUUUUUCAAACCGGGGAUUCCUUUUCUAUGGUGGUAAGCAUUUUAUUUUAUUGAACUUUAUGACAAUAUUUCAGCCGUAACAUACAAAAUUGGUAAAAUUCAUUCUCAUAAUAAAUCAUCAACUGAUUACUGAAUGUAUCGACUUCAUGAUUUUAAAUAUAACUUAGAGCUUUGGAUAUGCUUGAAACUGACUAUUUUUAUCCACUCUAGCAUUAAUUGCCUCAUAUAAUAAAAUUAAACAAGUAAUAAAUUUUAAUGUAUAAGAUGGAAAAAAAAUAGAGAUAGCAUUUCCAAGUCAUAUUUAACUUUUUCCGAAUUAGUAGUGGAUCCGGGAAUUAAUUUUGGAACCUUCAGCCCGAAAGCUUUUUUUAUAUAUAUAACAAUAAUUACUUCAGAAGAAAAAAAUGGCAUUUAAGUGAUUCUUUACAUCCUAUUAAAUGUAAUUUUAUGAACAAUAAUAAUUUUUAAAGAUAAUUUUUUAAUGAGAUGGAGUUGGUCGGGGGGUGCAGUCAAAUAAAUACUAAAUUGAUAUAAGCAGAAUUUUAUUCGUUACGUCGACGUUUCGACCCACUUUGUAGGUCUUUAUCAGGGCUACAAAAUAUAAAAGAUACGUGGUGAAAAUAUUAAUAUAUAUUAAAUAAGAAACAGUUUUCUGCUAAGGAAAUAAUAAGAUGACAUCAGAGAUAUAGUGAGUGACAGUGUAGUUAAACUCUUCUCAUACUCCUCAAACUCAACACCUUCUCAUAUGGUCAACCAUCUAUAUACCAUAAUUUUUUAAUAUUUAUUUCAUAACAUAUGGAUAUAUUUAACCAUUUUAGAGGAGGGGAUUCAACUCAAAUCUUCUCUCCCCGUAUAUCUGCUUGUGUUCCAAGUCAAAUUCAUACAUGAGACAUUAUUUUUUUUAUUUUACUCUUUUAUCGAAAAUUUAUAAUAAAUUUUCAAAUUUAUCAAUCAAAAAAUAAAUUAAAAAUUAAAUUCAAGUUGGAUAAGAUUGAAUUUGGUUUGGAAAAGUUUUUAUUUAUUUAGGAAAUAGUUAAAUUUUACUUGGAAAAAAUUUAAUCUGACUUGAAAAAAGUUUAUUUUGAUUUGGUAAAAGUUUUAUACGGCAUGGAAUAUGUACAGUAUUUCAUUAACAUUAUUAUAAAUUAAGUUGUUUUGUCAGAAAUGGUAAAUGUUUUUACAAUUGGGAUUAAAAAAAGGUUCAAUAUAAUCGGUUAGUUAUUUUAAUCUUUAAUAAACAUAUCUACUCAGUAUGAAGUACAGUACUGUACUGCCAGAUGAGAACAGAAUCAAUAAAUAAACUACAACCUAGUUCCACUAUCAGUAAUUCCAUAAACUCAUACGUAUAUAACUUUAUUUCACAUAUUUAUUCGAAAAAAAAAGUUUAACAAAUAUUUUAUAGGCUUAAUACGAUUUUCUUUAAUUUCGGCGUCAUAUAAUAUAAAGUUGUAUAAUCAGCUCAAGUGAACUGAUAAUAUGGGAGCUGACUUAUAAAAAGGUAAGAUAAUGACAGCUAAGUUGUUAUAAGAAGAUAUGUAUUUUUACAUAAGAAAUGCAGUAAACUAGGACAUGAUAGUCUUGAAAAUGGCUCAUUGAGCCAAAACGUCGUCAUCCCAAAAAAAGGAUUGGAAAUAAAAACAUUAUUGGUGUACUAUUGGCUUAAGGAAAUAUAAACUGAACUAUUUUAUAGGAUACAAAUGGGCCUUCCCUUAGAGAACUUUUAAUCAAUAGAAAAAAUGUAAAAUAUAAUAUUUAUUUGUUUAUUCCAUUUAUUGUUUAUUACAUUAAAAAAAUGUAGGAAUGGAUUGUGUCCAAUAGUGGCUUUAUAAAUUUAAUUAAAUAAAAUGAAGAUAUAGAUAGUAAUAAAUGGCAUUAUUAAUUUUUUAGAUUCAUAAUUUGUAAUGCCAUUUAGGCUAAUUGAAAUAUUUAAAAAUAUCUAUAUUUUUAAGUCUUUGUUAUGUUUAAGUUUUUGCUCAUGUUUACAAUAUAAAUUUUUUCAUUUAUUAAAAUUUUUUAUAAAAAUCUUCAAAAUUCAUAGCUUUGAUCAUAAUUACUAAAUAAAUACUAAUAAAUACCUACAUCUAAUGGGUAUAGCUAAGAGUGGUCACUGCCCAACAUGCCAAUGCUUGGAGGAUCCAAGACACAUUGCCUUCAAGUGCAAAAGAUUCGAGAAGCGAAGAAGAAUUAGUUUAGGAUCGCAAACUACGGAUGAUGGAACUAACUUUCUUCGGUCAAUGAAUAAAGAUAACGCCCGUGACUUGAUAAAGUUUUUGAAUGACAUAAAAGCAGUUAUAUAAUAACAGUUUCCUCUUAUUCUCAUUUAAUUCUAAUUCUAAUUCACCUCAACUUUUAACUGUUAGUCUUUCUAGUUUAAGUUCCAUAUAAGUUACAUUCAAUAUUUAAUUACAUUCAGUGAUCAUCUAUCUAUAUAUAAUUAAUAAAUAUACAGUGCAAUUUCACCUUACUAUGACAAUUAAAAUAUUUUACUGGCAAAAUAGGACUUGCUAUUACAAAUAUUAAAGCCAAAAAAGAAAAAAAAAAAAAAAGAAAAAUCGAAAAUAAAAGUUAAGUAUAUCUGGGCAAAUAAAAAAUAUUUUUACUUUUAAAAAAUAAUACUUAAAAUAUUACUGAUAAUACUAAUGUAUUAU